GUGGUGGCUUGUUAGGCGUCGCGCUUUCUUCCCUGCUCCUCCACCGCUCCGUCGACAAGAGCGUCACUGUUAGCGGGAAUGGAUGGAACGGUACAAUUACUACAACUUCAAAGUAGCAAACGAGAGCACAGUACUUCUGUCCAUUCGAAAAAUAGAUCCACGCGUCCGAAAAAACCGACAGUAUGUAUAUACGACGUACUGCUCAGGAUUUCAUCACUCUCGUGUUUUGACAUUUCGACGCAAACUGUUUUUUGACAGUGUCAUGAUUUUUGGGCACGACCGCAAAAAGAUUCAAACUCUGCGGUGGUCGGUAAAGUCUGUGUGAGGAAGUAGAAAUGAAAAAAAACUUCUGCCGCCUCCAAAGUCUCGGAGUUUUCCAAACAAUGACCAAGGUAUUGCAACCACCCUUCCUGGCGUGGACAAGGCACGAGCCAACUCUCCUUCGGACCAUCUGACGGCCACCCUAUCCUACAAAAAUUGUGCGUCAAGCGAAGUUUCUUGCAUACAGGCACUUCUUCACUCAAAAGUUUACGCAUACUCAACAAGAACAACAACUGUAGUCAAUCUACAGCAGUCGUGCAGAUUGAUUAGAAAGAUACCGAUGACAAAUCGAUUCCUGGUGGAUUCUGCUCAUGGUGCCAAAAUUGAAAUUUUGAAAAGUGCAACUGAACCCGGGCUUGACUUUUGCUCGUUUUGCCGUCAUACGCGACGGACCCAGCGACCGCGGGACAAGAGGUGGCCGUACCCACGAACGCGACUGCCGAAGGGAAAAUGAAAAAUCGAACCAAGGAAAGAGCCAGGGGUAAGAAGAAAAAAUCCCAAAAGCGAUAUGCAUUGCAAAUAUCUAUGUCUGGGUCUGGAAACUUGUAAUGUUGGGCCGUGAAUUGGAAAUGCACUGCAGCGGGUGGCGUAGCGAUAGAAAUAUUUGCGCGGCCAAGUGUUGCGUUUCCCGCAUGACAGUCUGCGUUUCGCUUUUUGCAUGACAAGCAAAAGGAUCUCAUCUUGAACACGCGUCACAAGCUCUGCAGUCAUGCUACAGACAGGCAUGACAAACCUUGCAUCCUUCAAGAUCCAGAUAUUUUUGCAAUGUAUAGGCGAUCUGGCAAGACAGUCCCGGACAAGGCGACGAAGGGGUCGGAUUUCGAGCGGCUGAUGAUCAUGGGCCUCGCGGAGGUUACGAAGCAAGUCUAUAACGUUGGCUUCACGAUAGCAGGGGAUGAUAUCGAGCUGCAAAAAAAGAUAUCAAAUUGUGUUGGAAUCCAAAGGCCUCCCGAUUAUCGCACCUCGCUCUCGCAUAGUAGAAAGAUAAAGUCUUACUACACUCACAGUCGAGUAUUUUAUGCGAACUCUUGUCCACCGGACUGGGCUAACCGUUGUGCUCUUGGUACUCAUGUCUUCAGACCAGCAGUCACACGAGUCGAUAGAAACUUAGACAUUUCCUUGCCAGGCUGACGUCUGUAUUUCCACGCGGAACAAGCACAGUACGUAGCGGAGGGGGAUUGCAAUGUUUUUCCUUCCAUAUGAAAUCCUCGCCAUCCAAAAGCAAUUUUCCGAUGAGGCGGAUGCGGACAACGACGCAGCCGCAGACAAACAGUCGUGGCCGGAAGCACAGCCUGCGACGAACCACACCCAUGCAAAGAAGGCACGACCUAAAAAAUCGGCUUUCGACGGCACUCAUGAUGAGGAGGGCCACGGUGAUCUGCGGGGCAGAUCGAACGACGAGCAAGAAUCCCAGCAGGAGGACUUGUGAACCAGCGGUCGACGACAAAGUAGAUGUACUGACUUCCUAGUCCUAUUGGAAUAAAGAAGCCCAAGCAAAUUCGAAUGAAUACUGUGUCGCAAGGAUUUGGACUCGAUUUACGCGAUGUAAUUUGAAAAUACGAGAUGAACGUGAAACCUUUGUCGAGCUGGCAAAAUGGAUAUUAUCCAUUUUGGAUCCGAUAAUCAAACGAAGCCGUGCGUGCGUGCAUUGAACCAGCAGUAAAAAAUAUUCACUUUACAUCGUACGGAAAAAGUAAAUGUGUCCCCACGACUGCUGCUCACCUUUUUCGAACUGAAAAGAUGUGAAAUAAAGCCCACUCGCAAAUUAAAUAAAGUGACGUUCUAGAAGAUGUACUGAUGUUAGGAAUGGCGGC